UUUGAUUGCAGUCAUGAGUAAAUUAUCAAUCAUUGUCCAGGGAUGGAAGGAUGGCCACCUUAAUCCGGCGAAUGAGUUGAAAGUGACUGAGAAGAGUAUCGAGCUACCACCGUAUCUUGUGAAUGUCGAUCUCUUCUCAGAGUCUUCUGAAACCACUUUCGACUUUAUCAAGAAAAAAAUCGAAGAGAAUCAUCGGCAAGUGAUUGAGCUUCGAAAUAAGCAGCUACCACCCGGGCAACAACAACAACAACAACAACAUCAACAACAACAAAUACAACAACAAAUACAACACCACCAACAACAACAACAAAUACAACAACAACAACAGCAACAACAACAACAACAACAACAACAAAUACAACAACACCAUCAACAACACCAUCAACAACAACAACAACAACAGCAGCAGCAGCAACAACAACAAAAACAAAAACAACAACAAAAACAAAAACAACAAAAACGCCAACAAAAUGACGAUCAGCAAACAUCCAAGCGGCGUAAAAUUCAAUCGUCGAGUCAACCAAUUACUUUUGACGUUCAGUCGGCUGAGGAUCUCCUCAAUCCCAGUACACCCGUAAUAUUCGUCCAUGGUCGUACUGGCAGUGGAAAGACAACCACUUUAUUUGGUGACUCUGAGCGUGGAACGCGAGGAUUAAUUGAACUGUUGUUUGAUGGAGUCGCUGCAGAAGAUCUCGAGUUCAAGGCCGAAGAAUAUUCAAUCAAGGGAUUCCGGGACCUAGUCAGUCCAUCUUCCAAUUCGGUCCAGAGCUUCAUUCUCCUUCAUUCGUUGGAGGUGGCACCAUAUAAAACCAUGAAGAAAGUGCUGGAGAAGCGGCUUACAUGCGACAACGACUUCAUCAAAACAGCAUCUCGAGGGGUCAUAUUUAUAGAGUUUACAAACAUCAAAACAUCGGAGAAACUCUGCGUCAUCGACAUGCCCGGGCUGGAACGGGAUGAAGUGACGGCACAUAAUCCACUAAUUUCACCAUCAAGAACAACAAAGUGGAUUUCAAGGUUGACAUCGGACUUCCGGGAGUUAAUAAAUCCACCACCUGGGACAUAUAUUUCAAAUGAUCUGUGGAAGUCCGUAAGAAAUUCACUUCCGAAGAAGUCCUUGGUGUUUUUAGUGUGCUGUAUCAGGGCUCCAUACAAGAGGAACAACGUGCUUUCGUCGGUGCUGUUUUUACACAGCUUCGAGGACAGGCGAGCACCCAAUUUCGAGUUUGGACUGUCAAGAUCACCGUUGUCAAUACGUCCCGCGGCUCAGCUGACACCGAAUCGUCAAGUGAGUCAACAUUUGUCAGUGCCCGGGAUAACAGUAAAUUCAGCGCCAAGUCACGAGGAGUCAGCGCUAGUGAAACAACUACGAGCAGAGCUGGAGGCUGAGAAGGAGAAGUCCUCUCAGUUUAAAUCGCAAUUCUUAGAAGUUCAAGGCAAGCUAGAUUAUGUUUUAAAAAUCCAUCAGCGACUCCAUGCCGCUUACGACAAACAAAAGGAGGAGACCAAACGCAUUCUAGGAAACCUUAGGGGGGCGUAUUUUGACAUCCACAACCUGGAAGUCAAAUUAGCCGAGCUUCAGAAGCAAUCGUCACCAGCGGCUCAACCACCACCAGCGACCAGUUCAUCAUCAUCAUCACCAAGAAGAAAUCGAUCGGCAUCACCAGCGAGGAGUCCAUCAACAUCAGCAGGGAGGGAUCAAUCAGCCAUUCGACCACCAACACCAGCGACCAGUUCAUCAUCAUCAUCACCAAGAAGAAAUCGAUCGGCAUCACCAGCGAGGAGUCCAUCAACAUCAGCAGGGAGGGAUCAAACAGCCAAUCGACCACCAACACCAGCAUCUCAACCACUAUCACCACCAGCGAAUCAACCAUCACCACCAGGAAAUCAACCACCAUCACCAGCGACCAGUUCAUCAUCAUCAUCACCACGAAGAAAUCGAUCGGCAUCACCAGCGAGGAGUCCAUCAACAUCAGCAGGGAGGGAUCAAACAGCGUCACCAAUGAGUUCAUCACCGGCCAUUCUACCAUCGCCUCCGGUUCGAAGGAUACUGAGGACCAGAAAAAGAUUGUCAGACAGGGUCCUCCACCAAUUUCCGGAGGAAAGAAAAAAAGACUUACAAAAGCCCUUGCCCAUCCCUGAGGGCAGUGAUAUGAAAAAGGCCUUAUUGGAAAAACUCAAGCUGCCCAAUAAUUACAGAGUGCCUAUCAAUGACACAGUGUCUUUGAAACCCGACCAACCAGAGGUUUUCAAGAACGUAGAGUGGUCGGAGUACAUCCAACAUUCCAUCGUGGGUGCACGUUCUAAAUUCAAAUGCAGGAAAUGUGGUUUGAUUUCUGAAAGGUCCUAUGCAGUCCAACAUGCAUGGCUAGUGGAAAUGAAUAAUCAUCUGGCAUGUGAUGAUCCGGAGUGUGACUUGCUCUUCAAAUCCCCGCAGCUAUUGCAAGAUCACAUGGAGGCGGCACAUAAAAUAAUGAGACCUCCUCGUAAGACGCGCAAGAGGAAGAGGAAGUGAUGCGGUGUGGUGGUGCAAUUCACCAGCAAUUCUGGAGGAGCUGGUGAAUUUUUGGGAGGGGUUGGUUUUAGUCAGUAAGAGUCUGACACUACCAACCAGUGCAGACAAAUCAUGAGAUAAGGUGGUGUCCAUGAGGAUUUCCAACGCCUCCCACCCAAAAAAAAAAAGAAAAAAAAAAAAAAAAAAAAACAAAAGGUAAGAAUCAUUCUGAUCUUUUCAUGGUUUUUAUGGUUUUUUUAUUUUUUCAGUGAAUCAAGGGUCAGCUUAAGUUAUAGAAUUCUACCAGCGUAUUUCAUGGAAACUGUCAGAUGAGAAACAAACACCAAGUUGCAAACUUUCUUGGAGAACUGGGUCCGAAAGCUACAUAAUAGAAUAGUCAAAAUAUACAAUAAAAAUAAAAUAAAUGUAAUGGUUCAGGAGCAAUAAUUAUAACAAUCAUAAUGACGGGCAAUUGAGAUGAGUAUUCUAGAAUUUCCCUAUUUUCUAAUCUACAAUGACCAAAGAAAGAUCGUGAUUAUAAAUAAUAUAUUGAAUGUAAUGAUACACAAUAAUCAAAAAAAAAAAUUAUCAUCAAUUAUCAAUUAAAAAAAUUAUUAGAUGUUGGCUAAAUUCCGUAUCAAUUAUUUUAAUUCAUUUAUUGAUUUAUUUUAAAUUUAUAAAAUGUCUCAUGUCUGCUUUUUUUCAGAUAUAAGAAAUAUUACUAUCGAGAUGGUAACUAUUACUAUCGGCAAUAGUAAAUACUAUACAAGAAACGAAUAGUUAACAUAAAAGUAUGAUAAUGAUUAUCACAUGCAGAAGGUAAUCAUUCCCUAUUACAAGCUGGUGAUGGUUAGCAUUUUUUUCAGCGUGCAGUUAACUUCAAAUUUAAUUAAACAAUUUUUUUUUAAAUUUAAAAGUUGUCUGAUUUUAAAAUCAAAACAAUCUGGCGGUAAAGAAAAAUUUUUUACUUUUUAUAAAAUUUACUUCAAUUGGCGAGCCCUACAAAUUACUUCGUUUAAAAUUAUUUUUAAUUUACUUUUAGCUAGCUCUCAUGUCAAGUUUUUUGAGAAAAUAUUUUUACCAUGACAUAAAUCGGCCAGCUGUUGAAUUGCUGUCUUAUAAAUAUCGCAAAAUCAAGUGUACUAUCGAAUACCCAACUGCCAGUUUCCUACCAGCCCCCGUAUAUUUAAUUAAUAAAUUCAUUUUACUACUGAUCAUUAAUAAUUUUCUUGUUAUUAUAAAUUAAAUUAAAAAACUUUUUAAGGGAUCUGUAUUAAUAAAAAAAAAAUUUAUUAGUACCUAUAUUGUACAUUAAGUUGUUUUUCUGGAACAACUUUACUGAUUCCAUACAUUCCAGCAAGUAAUCGUCCAUGAGGAAUGGAAAAUGGUUCUUUUGGUACAAGGUAAGGUCCUUUUUCCCCCAUAUAAACAUAUCUAAU